AAAUCAUACACUUACAUCCAAGGUACUCACAUGAGUAUGAGUUUGUGAGUGAAUGAGUGAGUGAGCGACCGACCAACUGGACAUGAGUGUUUCAGUAGCUCGUCCUGCUAUUGUCUUAUAUUCAUAGACGAUGAGAAGAUGGCCGGCACCUUGGCUGUCGUCUCGUCUGCGCCCAACUCAUGUCUUUCAACGAAGAUGUUUCCAUCUUGACAGGCCUGACAUCGAGUCCGUCGAUGUGCCUUGUCGCUCCUCAGGGGCCAUCACAGUAGAUCUUCACAAUGUGAACCGUCAUCCCACCGCAACUCCUUUGAUGGUGUACAUCCCGCCCUUCUCACCAACCCCGGGAUACCUGACCCCCGUCCCCCACUUCCUCAUGCCAUACCCAACGGCCGUCAUCAACUACCGAUGGUCCCCGUCCCGGUCCGAGUCUCCGGUCUCCACCCCACCGGAAGCCGAACACGACCCAGAACCCGACUUCAACUUCACCACGCCUCUCACAUGGCCCACUCCCUUGCACGACGUCCUCGCCGGCUACACCUGGAUCACAGAAAACCUCCUACCCUCCGGCACCAACUCCCGCCGCGAUAUCUACGUCUACAGCUCACACGCCGGCGCCAGCAUCGCCACCUCGCUAGCCCUCACCGAGUCCCACCACCACGCGCGCAUGGCCGUCCGUGGACUGAUCGCCUGGAACGGCAUCUACAACUGGUCGAUGUUCCUCCCGGACCACAAGAUCAACAGGCCCGCCACCGCGCGCAGCAAGAAGCUCCCGCCGCGGCCUGAAGAAGGGUCGACGCUGCACAUGCUGCAGAUGAAGAUGAUAGAUCUAUUUCGCGCACCGGUAGACCUGUUCGACCCGUUUGUGAGCCCUAGUCUUCUCUUCCAGACGCCCGGCAUGAACGCGCCGUCGAGCUUCCUACGGGCAGAGGCCGUGUCGUCGUUGCUGGAACGGCUUUCCUCUGUCAACUCGGACGUGAAGCCGGCUGAUAUCCUUGGCCUUACCGAAGGCUUGAGGAUGGCAGCCCCGAGGCGGAGUGCGCUUGUGUUCCCGCCGAGAAAGUCGACGCUCAAGCUGCCUCACGCUUUGUUGCUUCAUGAUACCCCGACUGAACCUGUGACGAAGCGGAAGACGACGACGAGGAAAAGCAGCUUGGCAUCUUCCAUGGCAGGAGAACUCGCUUCUAGGACGGCGAGGAGACGGAAAGUGGCAGGGCACACGUUUGAGGCCCAGGCUACGGAGCUGGCAGGGUUGAUGAGGCGGAGCUUGGAGAAGCUAGAGUUCAAGGCGAGGUUGCAGUGGGACGAGGGCUUUGACGUGGAAGCUGAGGCUGAGAGGCGGGUGACCGUCGUCGAGGUUGGUGAGAACAAGGGGCUUGAGCUUGGUGAACGUGGGGAGGAUGCCAUUGCGGAGUGGUUGGAGGACAGGAUACGUUUGUGAUACCCACUAAUUCUCCUCUCAAUUCUUUGUCUCCCCUUUGAAAGGCACCGAUCAGGACUUAUCAUGGCGCAGCGGGCUUUUUGUUUCAAACGUUUUGUACGGCCAUGGCAUGGGGCAUGUUGAUGGUGCCGUAGCAAGACGUGGUCAUCAG